CGAGAGCCGCUGUAAAGGAAAGAAGCCACAGCCCAUCCCAGAGCCAGGCGGAGAGGCAGAGGUUCUGAGGACCUAUCGACCAUGGUGUGCGUGCCCUGUCUGCUGCUGCUCCUGCUGCCACUGCUACGUGUGUCUGCGGCCACACCAGAGCCCUGCGAGCUGGACGAAGAAGAUUUCCGCUGCGUCUGCAACUUCACGGAUCCGAAGCCUGACUGGUCUAGCGCCAUGCAGUGUAUGGUUGCUGUCGAGGUGGAGAUCCGUGGCGGCGGCCGCAGCCUGGAAGAGUUUCUAAAGAGCGCCGACGCCGACUUGAAGCGGUACGCUGACACGAUCAAGGCUCUGCGCUGGCGGCGGCUCACGUUGGGCGCUGCCCAGGUUCCUGCUCUGCUUCUGGUCGCCCUUCUGCGUGUGCUCGGUUACUCCCGCCUCAAGGAACUGACGUUUGAGGACCUGGAGGUAACCGGCCAGAUGCCGCCGCCGCCUCUGGAAGCCACUGGGCCUGCGCUCUCCACCCUCAGUCUCCGUAACGUGUCGUGGGCAACUGGAGGUGCCUGGCUCGGCGAACUGCAGCAGUGGCUCCAGCCUGGUCUCAGGGUACUGAACAUCGCGCAAGCACACUCGCUUGCCUUUGCCUGCGCACAGCUCCCCACCUUCCAGGCCCUCACCAGCCUAGACCUGUCUGACAAUCCUGGACUCGGCGAGCGCGGGCUGAUUGCGGCUCUCUGUCCGCACAAGUUCCCGGCCCUCCAAGGUCUAGCGCUACGCAACGCGGGGAUGGAGACGCUCAGCAGCGUGUGCGCUGCGCUGGCGGCGGCGAGUGUGCAACCCCACCGACUAGACCUCAGCCACAGCUCGCUGCGCGCCACCGCCCCGGGCGCUACCUCGUGUGUCUGGCCCAGCGCACUGAGCUCUCUCAACUUGUCGUUCGCGGGGCUGGAGCAAGUGCCUAAAGGACUGCCGCCCAAACUCAGCGUGCUUGAUCUCAGCUGCAACAGGCUAAGCAGGGCGCCGCGGCCAGACGAGCUGCCCGAGGUAAAUAACCUGACACUGGACGGGAAUCCCUUUCUGGACACUGGAGCCCUCAAGCACCAAGAAGACCUGAAGAGUCCCGGCGUGGUCCCAGUCUGUGUACGUUCCCCCUUGACCAUGGCGGUGUCAGGAGCCCUGGCAGUGCUUCAGGGAGCCGGGGCCUUUGCCUAAGGCCCAGGGGAGAAGGGGGAGAGGAAUUGAUCGGCUCAGAUUGUCCUGGCCCUGGGAGAGCCUCGUCAGGACAUCUCAACCAACCAACCCUCUGCUCCAUCUUCGUUAAAAUCUUAAACAGC